AUGGCCGAAAAGGAAAUAGACUCAAAAUACGAAGACAAUAUUGGUCAAGAAAAAGAAAAAAAUGACAUAAACAUAGAAAACAUAAAUGUGGAUCACAGAGAAAGUCUAAAUGAAGAAGAAAGUGAAACAAAAGACCGAAGUAUGUCGUUAAUUAGAAGAAUAGAACCAGAUUCAAACGAUAAAGAAGAGAUGAACCAGGAAAAUAAAGUGAAAUCGAAGGAUCUGGACACAGAAUCUGAGGUAAAACCCGGAAAGGCCAGAGAAGAAUCGCAAAACAAAGAGUCUUCAGAUUUAAUCAAGGAGUUGAGCGUACCAAUAGAACUGGACCCGAACUUUGGCCCGGAAAAGGUCAGCUACGACAUAGAUGACCUGAACAUCCCAAUAAAGCUGGAGGACGCGGAAACGCCGACAAACCUGAAGGAGCUCGUGAAGAAGCUAGACAUACCGUGCGACACGGAAGCAAUGAGGUCGGAGAUGGAGCAGGCGAAGCAGAAGCAAGAAAGGAACAUGCUGACGAGGUACAGCAAGAGAAACGGAGCGAUGCAGAAAAACCUGAACUUUAGAAUAAACGGAAUGUCGUACAAGAAUCAGCUGGAAGGACAGGACCUCUCGACAAGCCUCAACUUCAGAGAACUCUCGAAAAAGCUGGACCUGAACAGAAGUCACCUUGAAAUGCCGUCAAAGUACCUGAGGUCGUCAAGGUUGCGCAUGAAUAAGCUUAACCUGGACGACUUCAGCAAGCUGGACAUGAACACAAUAACGAACCCGGAAUCGGGCCUCCUGAGUAAGCUUGACGCGAACACGCUGAGUAAGCUGGACCUGGGGACCAUAACGAAGCUGGACGUUAACAGCGCAGGCAAGCUGGACAUAAAUGAAACGAAUGACCUGGGGUACAAGAAGUACCUGCAGGCAAGCGACCAGCCGUUGAGUGACAACGAGUACGUCGGAGGCAACAUCGGAGCAAAGAACGACCUGCAGCAGGAGGGUGGAAUAGUGGCCGUGGAAGAAAUGGAGUACGGCAAGGAUGGGAAGUACACGAGUGAGAUGAAGUACGGGAGUGAGCUGAAGGCGAGGCAGGAGACGAGAGGGAGGAAAAAGAGACCAGUAAGACCGAAAAACGAAGCACUGGCGCAAACAGUGGACGCAUCAGAGUUGGCAAAUCAAGGAGAACUGCCGCCGCUGACAGUGGAAAACUGGGCGCAGUGCGAAAACUGCAAAAAGUGGAGAAGAAUACCGCUCUCAGUGGACACAGAAAAGUUGCCGGACACGUGGGUGUGCGCACUCAACGUCUGGGACCCGACGCACAACGCGUGCAGCAUACCGGAGGAGAUAUACCCGGAAAAAAUGGGAGACCAGAGGGCGUUGGACAUCAACGGCCCUAGCACGCCACUAAACUCAGUCUCGCCAGACCAGAGCUUCUCAAACGACUCGGACUUCAACUACCAGGGGUACCUGCAGGAGAUGAAGUACGAGGAAGUGGGCACUAAGGGGUCGAGGGAGCGCACGAAGGUGGGAGAAAACUACAAGGCGAAGUACGCAGACGCGAGGUACAGAGCGAAGGAGAAGUACAGAAGCGUUCGCGACGAAAGAGAAAGUGACGCGAUGAGGACGCCGACGAACACGAACAGGUACUACGAGGAAGCAAGGCUGUCGAGCAGAAGGAGGAUGCACAUCUCCCCCAUGGUCUCGAACAUCUCGAGCUACGACGAGGACGCGGAGGUCAUCAAGUUCAACGUGAAGCCGACGAGUCAGAACCUGCACCCGCUGAAAAACAGAAUGACGCUGUACUCGCACAACCUGACGAGUCUGCUGGCGACGGAACUCCCGCACAGCGCACUCUUCCUGGAUAACCUGAAGAGGAUGAACAUGAUCAAGGACGACGACAUCGUGGAAGAGGACACCGGAGGCAGAGAUAGCGAGGACAAGGACAACGUCUUCUUCAAGGAGGACGGAAACAUCAAUAUAGCGUACGCGAACAAGACGGAGUGGGAGCACGAGGAGGGACACCGGGGGUACGCAGGCCGACACAGCAUCCGAUUCAACAAGGAGGACAUCUUCGACAACCUGGUGACCUUCGGGGACCUCGAGGACACGCUGAGCGACAGCACGAGGGGCGGAUUCGCCCGGAUGUACAAGAGGCUCGCCUCGCAGAUACCGAACCUCACGAGCCUCGGAGGAGACGGGGAUUCGCGGAGCCACGACACGAGCGUGGACGAGAACAUGGAGGGUCCUGACAACGGCGAGGCCGAGUCAGUAGAACUCCAAGCGAAGGAGAAGGCCGGUGACAAUAAAGGCGCUGCGGUGGAUGCUGAGGCGGUAGGUAUGGGACUGCCAGGAGGAGCAGGUGGUAGUGUUGAGGCCAGUGAUGCGAAAGGAGACAGUGUGUUACCGGGAGUACCCGCGGUCGGUGUACUACCACAUGGAGCAGUUGGCGUUGCAGACAGUAUGUUGCCACAUGGAGCAGUAACAAAAGGAUCAGUAGCACCGGAAGUAGCUGCCAAUGCUGUGGCCAACGGACAAGUAAAUGGCGAUGCAGGGGGUAAUGGGCUAGUAAUUCGCGAUGCAGAGUGCGGCCAUGAGGAGGCAGGUGGCCCCGAUAACGGCCAUAACACAGACGAGGCCAUGGCCUUGGACGAAGGCAACGACAGUGCGACCAAUUCCAACGAAAGAUCGGGCUCGGAAAGUGUGAAGACGGAGGAGGCGAUCUACGAAAGAAGUGCGCCGAGGACGUACGGAACACGGUCGUCAGCACACAUAGGAAGGAGUCCGAAUAGCGCAUACUCGCAAGGAAACAGCAGAGGAAGCAUGUACGAGAGGACGAAGUACAGCGCAUACGGAAGGAGUGGAAUCAACGGCUACGACGGGUACACGAAUGGCCCAGGAGAAAGGUACGGCAUUUGCACGAGAAACAGCAGUAGCUACGAAAGGAACAGAGGAAGCAGCUACGGAACGAGAAGCAUGUACAGCAACUGCGCAGGAAGUUACGAAAGGCCAGUGGGAACAACGUCGCACCACGACACGGAAAGUAAGACUGACGUGGUAAACAGAGAUGAACUGCUGGAAGUGCUCUACAGCUUCGCAAAGCAAGGAAAACAGGCAGUAGGGGAAGACACAGGGCACAAGAGCGUCCACUACUGCAAAAGGUACAAGUACGUGGACGGCACGAUGCAGUCAAUAAUAGACUACAAGGAGCAGAUAGUGGACAAGCUGAGGCAGGAAAUGCUCGAAAUGGAGUCAGCAGGAAAUCAGCAGUCGUCACUGGAAGAGUACGACUCCGCGAAGAGGGAGGAGAAAAUCGACGAAACGCUGGAAUCAUUCAGAGACGACGACUACCUACUCGACAAGAGCCAGGCAGAGUCGGAGGAGGACCUGGGGGACAGAGACGACGCGUCGGAGAAGCUGGAAAGGGAGCUGGAAAACGAGUUCAAGAAGGAGCUCAUGGAAAAGGAGCUCGAAAGUAAGCUGCUGCGCAACGAAAAAAACAGACACCUCGACUACCCGCUGCCGAACGCGAAGCAGCUCUCGAAGCGCUGCAGAAACCUCGAGUCGAAGAGCCUGAGGCGCCACGCACACCACGCACAGGAGGCGCUGGGCUCCAGGAUGCUCAGCAACUACUCGCUGCUAUUCCAGCCAAUCCCGGACGACAUCGCGGCCUCGAGCAGCAGCGACAUCAUCAAGAUGCUGAGCGUGCCGAUACCGUACAAGAGCUACGGCGACGAGUACGAGGAGGCGGCGCCAGGGGGCGAUUUCCACAGCCUGAGGAACGGAGGGGCCCCGAGGGGCUCGGGCAGCCGUGACGCGGGCAACCCUGGCGAGGCCCACGGCCCGAGCGAGGGGAGGCCGCCGAAGGCCAAAGGGCGUCCUGACGCAGCCCCCGGAGGCCACUCGCGCGCCGACAGCCUGCUCCUCAACGGCCGCGGCUCCUCGGUGCCCUUCGCCAGCGGCGUCGUCGGCGCCGGCGACCUCGUCUCCAGCGGCAUCAUGGGCAGGGGCGGCGCCCUCAGCUCCGGCGGCAGCGGCCACGCGUCGAGCGCCGGCGGGUCCGGCGAGGAGCUCAAGCUCGAGAAGUUUGAGAACUUCGACCUUCUGACGCUGCCGAUUCCCGACCUGGGCAACGCCACCAACACACAGUGCGUAAACUAA